AUGUCUCGCUACGCCGCAGCUCAUGCCAAUCCCCAAGGCCAGGGUGAUGCCAGACCCACAGCAAUGCAAAUCGUCAAUGACGAGGGAAUGGAAGGAAAAUUGGCCGACAAGGUCAUUGUCAUCACCGGAGUCUCCUCUGGCAUCGGCAUCGAAACCGUGCGCACCCUCGCAACCACAGGAGCACGACUAUUCCUGACAGCCCGGGACCUAGUCAAAGCAAAAACAGCCCUGGGAGGCAUCUUCGAUGCCACAAAGAUGGAGCUCAUCCACAUGGACCAGACAUCCUUCGAGAGUGUCCGAGCUGCUGCCGCCGCAAUUCUCUCCAAGACAGAUCAAAUUACGAUUCUUGUCGCCAACGCUGCCAUCAUGGCCGUCCAGGACCGCCAGCUGACAGAGGAUAGCUAUGAGCUGCAGUUCACAACCAAUCAUCUGUCCCAUUUUCUUUUCUUCAAUCUACUCAAACCCGCCCUUCUAGCUGGUUCAUCGGCAGGUUUCCAGUCUAGAGUCGUUGUGGUAUCUGCUGCUGCGCAUCGAGUCGCCACUCUUAACGAGUCGGACAACUAUCAUUUCCAGAAGGGUGGUUAUAGCCCCUGGGGAGCUUAUGGCCAGUCAAAGCUAGCAAAUAUCUACAUGGCCAAUGAGAUCGAGCGUCGAUUUGGUUCGAGUGGUCUGCAUGCCACCAGUCUGCAUCCUGGUCUUAUUGCCACGGGCUUGGCGCAGCAUUUGCCCAAGCAAGAGCUCGAUGCGAUGCUACAGAAUGAGUUUAUACUCAAGAUGCAGAAAAGUGUGGAACAGGGAGCUGCUACUACUGUGUGGGCUGCGGUUUCUAUGGAACUGGAAGGCAAGGGUGGUCUGUACCUUAGUGAUUGUGCGGUUGCUAAGCGUGGUGAGGAUGAUGGUAAUUAUGCACUAGGGAUGACUUCGAGCUGCACCUACAAUCCCGAGAAUGAGGCUAGAAUCUGGAAAGACUCAUUGGAAAUGGUCGGACUGUCAGAGAAUAACUGA